CUCUCUCUACCAAAACACCACAACACAACAUCCUCCCAACAAACAUAGCAACCACCGCAUUUCAAAUCCCACGACACAUCAAACAGCAUCAUGGCGACCCUCAAAGGCCCCGGGGAAGCAAAAACCUACGACGGCUCACCCCUCCGCAUCGGCAUCAUCCACGCACGCUGGAACACGAAAAUCAUCGACGCCUUAGUACAAGGAACCGUAAAAUCCCUAAAAUCCUCCGGCGUAAAAGAGGAAAACAUCGUGAUUCAAUCGGUGCCGGGGUCUUACGAGCUUCCGUACGCAGUCCAGAGGAUGUACACAGCCUCCCAAUCCCAAUCCAGCACAACCGGCCUCUUGGCCUCCGCAACCGACCUCCUCUCCUCUUCAACCACCGACCUAACUUCUCUCCCCACCAAACAAGCACAAAAACCCGCUUCCGCUUCCUCAAACCAACCUUUCGACGCAAUCAUAGCCAUCGGAGCAUUGAUCAAAGGUUCCACCAUGCAUUUCGAAUACAUUUCGGAUGCCGUGAGUCACGGACUCAUGCGGGUACAAUUGGAUUUGGGGGUUCCGGUUGUUUUUGGGUUGUUGACGCUUUUGACCGAAGAGCAAGGGUUGGAGAGGGCGGGGAUCGAUGAGGCGCAACAGGGACAUAAUCAUGGGGAGGAUUGGGGCGCCGCGGCGGUGGAGUUGGGGGUUAAGAGGAGGGGGUGGGUGGAGGGGAGGUUUUUGGAGUAGGAAUAAGAGUAGGAGUAGGGGUGUUGAGUAAAUACAGGACAGGGUUGGAGAGGGAGGUAGGACGAGGGGGGUGAAGACAUGGAAGGCCUGGAAAAGGACAUGGAAAUAAUAAAAAGAUGUGGAAUAAAAGAUACCAAAAGUUUGAUAU